CCCCAAAUGACAAAAAACAUGAAUUUCAGAAUUUUUUAAAUCGAAAUGUCAUCCGUCUAUCCCCUUAAAAUUCAUCAUUUUUCAUGAAGCUCGCGAAUUUAUCAUGGUUGGAUAUGCUCCAGCACUCCUAGCUAUGGCCCUUAACUUGGAUGGUGUCCACAUAUUCAAAGAGCCAAGGGCAACAAAUAAUGGUCCGUAUUUAUCCUGCUUCAUCUUCAUGAUAGCUGUUUUCAUUUUUGCAACACAUCUGGAAAUAUACCCAAGCCAUUUCAGAAAAUUAUGGUGGUGUGGAAAUAUGAUAUUGCAGUUUCUUUGCACUCAAUUGAUGUUUGAAUAUCUUCUUGCUGAUUUUUGGUUUCCCGUUGAAGAAUCUUUUUCCUGUUUAAUAACUCAUACAGUAGAGGUACUGGAUCAAUGGGAUCAAAUGGAAUCAAUGAAAAAUGUAUUGGAAGCCCUCAAAUGCGAAACGACCGGAAUUGUUUGUAGUUAUUUAUUGAGCUGUUUUUUUCUACUUGCUGCGCUCCAUUCGACCAGAGUUAUAAAUUUUACACUUCUGGAUUGCGGCUUAGGACCUUUUGUAAAAGACAUAUACAGGAGUGCCGAAGAAUUUCUCAUAGCAUCAUUAGUGAAUUUUACCUACCAAAAAACUUGUGGGAAGGCCCGAAAACAAACAAAUAGCUGCAAAAAGAAAGAUUUCGAAGAUACUGACGAUGAAGGAGAAUGGCAUCCUUCAAAAAAAUAUAGUAGACGUCGACAUUAACUUUAAAUAGCCCUAAAUAAAUCUAUCAACAUGUAUAAUGAUUCUCCAUUGUGUAGAAUAGUCAGAAAUAUAUUUUCAAAAUUUUUCAAAAUUCGAAUUUAGGUCGGCUGGGACGAAGAAGAAGAUCACAUUGACACUGAACUUUACUGACA